CCUAGGGUUUUCUGCCGCGGCCACGGAGACCGUCUCCUCCCCCUUUGACACCUUCAAUCCUCGGCCAUGGCGCCCGUCAAGAAGGCGAAGAAGAGCACUGAGAGCAUAAACAACAGGCUCGCUCUCGUGAUGAAGAGCGGGAAGUACACCCUCGGGUACAAGACAGUCCUUAGAUCCCUCCGCAACUCCAAAGGGAAGUUAAUUAUAAUUGCUAAUAACUGCCCUCCACUUCGCAAGUCUGAAAUCGAGUAUUAUGCAAUGUUGGCAAAGGUUGGAGUACAUCAUUUCAGUGGCAGUAAGUACUUCUAUAAGAAGCUGGUGUAG